AUGACAAAGCCAAUGCCAUCCUUCCAUCUCUUCAGACAGCUUCCAACAGAGCUGCGACAGCAAACAUGGCAGUACUGCCUUCCACAUCGAGUUUUGAACUCGAUUACCCACUCUGACACAAUUGUCUUCUGGUUGGAUAGGGAAGACAAAAACCUCUUACCUUCGCCAUGUACCCUUAGACAUACAACGCGCCAAAAGCCACUUAUCAGCCGUGUUUGUCGUGAAUCACGCUCCGUCGCGACCCGAUCAGGUGGUUUUGUCACAGAUCGCGACCCUGAUCGACCCUCUGAUACUGAGUGGUAUUCAGACUUCGAGUUCGCGGAUGCCUGGGUAGACAAGACCCGUGGUGCACCUCACCUCAACUGCACUGCAGUGUAUGAAGGUCUAUAUCAGUACUAUGGCAACCCCCUCAACUGCAUGAUAUGGGAGGCCCAGCGAUUUUCUGCCACUCCUUCUAUCACGUUUGGGUUACAGAACUCCCGUGAAUUCGCAACUCAAUAUUAUAGAAUCGAACUACCGGAUGGGCGAUUCGAUUGCACCAUGCCAAAGCCUGACAACAAGAUUGAAUUUGUCAACGCCUUCAAGCAAGUGCCUAGCUGGCUAGUCGUCAUGGAUACCAUUGUCGUGCAAUCAGACCUCCGCUCUGCAGCAGCCACAGGUCUAUUCGGCCUGCUAGGAGAUGCCCCAGUACAGAUCAUCCCAAUCUCCGAGGAGACCAAAAUCAACAGUUUCUACAAUCUAGCCGAGCGCUGCGAACGUGGACGAAAUGGCAUUGCUCCACAAGAUUUCACGCGAAAAUCUGCUGAUGAGAUGAGGCAAGAAUUGAGACGUGAGGUUUGGUUAAGCUUCCGAUCAGAGGAUCUGGCUGCGAUCAUGCAUCCGGCUAUCAUGUUUCGACUUUGUACGCAAAUGUGCAAUCACAGCGUUGAGGCUCACAUUUGA